CUCUUAUUUGCUCAACUCCCCUCGUUCAGAGUGCUUUCUUGAUCUAAACGCUAGUAAUUCUUUUGAAAGUUGAAAAGCUUUUAGUCUAACAUAAUGGGCAUAACCGGGGUAUGCUCAAGAUUGAUUGGAGACGUGUUGCAUGCAUUUGGAAGCUCAAGAGCUAGCUCAGCGGCAGCUCACCUUGGUGAGGACGAUCAUGGUUGCAAGCCACAGAAUGCGCCCAGGGUUGAUGACACAAUGGUCCGAGCUCUAAUCACCGUGUUCGGAAUGCAAAGCAAUGGAAGAAUCAAGAAGGAGAACGCGCGCCGAGUGGUGGAGAAGCCUGGCUUGAUAUAUGGUACUCCUCCUAAUUCCGAGGAAGACAAAUCUGGCUUUGAGCUACCUGGCGAAGGUGUCCUAGACGACGACGAUGAAGUGCCCGUAGAGGAGGUGCUUGGCGGCUUCGAGGAUGCAUCGAAGCACAACGAGUUACUGCGUGAAGCCUUCAAGAUUUUUGACGAGGAUGGUGAUGGAUAUAUAGAGGCAGUGGAGUUGAAGAGGGUGCUGGAGUGUUUGGGAUUGGACGAGGGGUUGGAUAUGGAUCAGAUAGAGAAGAUGGUGAGAAUUGUGGAUUUGAACUUGGACGGGAAGGUUGAUUUCAGUGAGUUCGAAUUAAUGAUGAAGUGAAAAUUAACGUCACUGAUUAUUUAUCAAAGAAUAUUAUUAUUUAUUGAGUUUGUUAUGCCAA